AAAAAAAAAAAAAAUCUCGAACGAAUCUCGAAGCGAAGCUACGAGCGAUUCCAUGGCGAACAACGGAGACAAGGUCACGGCUACAAUUUCGAAUGGCGGAGGGCUUACUACUGGUGAAAAACCUGCGAAAAUCGUAGACCUCAACACUGUGGAGCCAGAUCGUACCGACGACAUUAUCGACGGAGAAUUAAAGGGUCUCUCAGAUGUUUCUGGUGAGAAAAAGGACGAAGCUGACUCUAAUGCUAUUGGAUCUAUUGCUGGGGCUGAUUCUGGGGAUAUAUCUCCGGUCGAUGAUAUUCAGAAGAAGAUUCGACGUGCUGAGAGGUUUGGGGUUUCUGUGAAGCUAACCGAAGAGGAGAAGCGCAAUUCUCGUGCUGAGAGGUUUGGUUCGGUAGCAGCAGCAGCCUCUGUGAAUGACACAGCGGGAACGAAGAAAGCCGAGGAAUUGAAGCGAAAGGCUAGAGCUGAUAGAUUUGGGGUUUCUCCUGCAACCUCUACUGCUGCUGAUAAGACUGAGGAAGAGGCAAAGAAGAAAGCUAGGCUCGCACGUUUUGGGAAAGAGACUAAAGUUGAUUCCGCUGAAGAAGAUAAACGCAAAGCUCGAGCAUUGAGGUUUUCAAAAGGGGCUUCGGAUCCAUCUUCAGAUUUACCUGGAAAGCAAAAUAUUGGCAAGGAGGCAGCUGUAUCAGGAAACGCUGCCUAAGGUUCCUGAAUAAAGUAUCUUUUGUCUUUGUAGUUAGGUAGUGUACUAGCGUUUUUAUGAUUCCCUCACUGGCUGCUUCAUUCUCUCUUUAUUUCUGAAUUAGAAGUCCCCGUAUGUUUAUUAAGUUCGAAGUUCGGUCGUGGAGCAAGGUUUUGUGGUUAUGCAACGAUUCUCUCAGAUGGACGGAAGCUAAGCUUGUCACCAGAUGAGAUCUUGAGAAACCAAUAAGUAAACCUAUAGUUCUGAUUGUCUUAAAAUGGCAAUUAUCAAUGUGUUAGGACCUAGGAAUUCUGAAGUGGCUGGUAUUGACGUUUUCCAUGUUGCAGGUUCUUAAAGUGGUAAGUAUAGCUUGAGUAAUGCCUUAAUUUCAUUUAAAUUUCUGUGGAUGGUCCUUUUAAUAUUGCAUAUUCGUAUCAAGCACAAGCAGCAGCAAUAGAGAAUUUGUACUGCAUGCAGCAAAUAUUUAUGAAAAGUGAGUUUUUUUUGCUGUUUUGAAGUCUAGUUAGAAGUGUUGAAUACUUUUGAGUUGUGCCAAUCCGUUUUCUUAAAAAAGUAGGCCUAUUUUAUCUUAUGAAAGUCAGUGGUCACUAAAGUAAGCUGGUUUACUGCUGUUCUGUGCUUGACUGCGAAUAUUGCAUGCUAAAUGGAUCCCAUAACCAUGUAUCGUUCUUUCUUUGCUUAUUUUCAUAUGACCUCUCAAGCUGUGCUACUUCGGAAUUCCUUUGUCAUGUAAGACAUCAUUAGAACUAUAGAGGUAUUUGUUGGUUUCCAUUUCUCUGGUCACUAUGGCGGUGAAGAAAAGAGAGCCUCAAAUUCUGAAUCUGUGUUCGUGGGACUGAAACUUUGCUUGGCUUUCUGAUGCUACACAAUGUCGUUUGUUUCUGUAAUAGAUUUUAGAUAAACUUUGUUGAUACUUGCUUUGUGAUAAUUUUGAAUCAAGCGCCAGAAAACUUUUAUAAAGGGAAUGUAGUGUUUACUUUUGCUACUUAUUUCUUAUUGUUGUCUUUGUAUUCACA